AUGCCGCUGGCAAGGUGUUCUAUAACGACUAACACAACCAUAUUUGGAAAAGACAACAGCAAUAUCAGCGGUAGCAGAGGUAGAGGAGAUAGUAGUAUUAGCAGUUGCGACGAUUUUGCGCCCCAGGACGAAAGUGAAGGCGAAGAGUUUAAGCGAAACUUAGGAGAAGGCACAGAGAAGGAGAGCUCAACCCAGCCAGCUCCUUCUAAAAACGUUAGGCAAGAAAAUACGGUCGUUAUAAAAGACAGUCAGCCCAUUGUAGAUACAGACGAGGGCGACUCGCACGAAAAUAAUGCAGGUACGCAGAUAGGCAAUAGGCUUAAAGUUUCGAGCAUCACAACCCCUGAUCUUCGCGGCGGGGAGUGUCCUAUAGAAACAGAGAAUGUCAUCGACUCCGAUGCGGUUAGAAAAGAAAAGACUCAAAUGAGUGGGUUCCCGCGUCGCAAAUUUCCAUCGACGCCAACGAGCUCGUCGAAGAUGAAUAUCGAACAGUCAACGCAAGGCAGCCCUCCUACAAUUAAAAAUACGAGUAGUAGUAGUAGCAGCGAUACCGAUGACGAUCACUAUGAUCGCGCGAAGCAGCGAAGGCUACUCCCCUCCGGUGGCAGGCAGUUCUCUAACCGUCCUUUGGCCCUGAAACCUCUUUCAGGACCACCGUGCAGCGGAUACGAUGCCAAAAUCUGCUACAGCAAUGACAGCAGCAAUGACAGCAGUAAACAUCGCUCGCACCAGCAUAAGCGGAAGCGCAUGCAGGACACUGCGAAUGACGAUGACGACGACGACGACGAAGAAUAUGAGGUAGAGAAGAUUCUCAAUGCCCGUGUCCAUCGUAGAAAGCUACAGUACCGUUACAAUGCGUCUAACUUCAAGAAUAGCCCGUACAGACUUAGAGAUUUUCAUGCGGCCAAUCCUUUUCACCCAGGCCCUCCAAGAAGGUUGGAGAUGUGGGUACAGUGCUGGGAGAAGGACAGAGAUGCGGGAAAUCAUCCUGAUGAUAAUAAGCCUGAAGAACUAAACAACUAG